CCACAAAGAUCCAAAAAAGAACUAUAAAGCUUAAAAUCUCAGAGAGCCAGAUAGUAUUAUAAAGGAGAAGAAACCCUAACAUUAAGUAGCUUUGAAACUCCCUCUGCUGAAUCAUGGCCGCCGUCCCUGAAGGAUAUUACGAAUCCACAAACCCGUUUCUUGUUCACGGGCCAAGAGGUUUUGAAGAGUUCAAGUUGCUUGAGAGUUUUGGAAUGUACGUGAGGAUGGACUUUCCCGGCGUUCCGGAGGAGUGCGUGAGGGUUUCUCUAGACCCGGCGAAGAAAUCUUUGGCUGUCUACGCAGAUGCUCCCAAGGUCCACAGAUACGACCUCGCUCAACGGAAGUACCUCUCCGUCAUCGAAACCGUCUGCAGAUGCUGCGUGUUCGACCGCUUCACUUACCAAAUGUCCGACGGUGUUUUAAGGCUUCAUCUCUCCAAGUCUAACAUCGAUCCAAGUCACUCUUCCUGCAUCGAGUUUAAAUAUUCUGCUUUCGGAGAAGAUAUCUCUGGCAAUGACAUGGACGAGUCGUAUGAGUCGAAGCAGCUCGAAGACGGCAAUUUAUACGUGCGUUUAGACAUGCCAGGCGUUCCCAAGGACAACUUCACUGUCUCAGUGGCUAACGGCAAAGUAAACGUGACUGGUCAAGCUCCUGCUCUUGACCACGACUCAGGUUCUCGGUUGUACUCUAGCGACGUGGUUAUCCUCUCCGGUCCUGUCGACUUUCCUAGCCAUCAGGUCAAAACCAUCAUCAAGAACGGUGUCAUUAGACUCCUCAUCCCUCCCGUUUGAUAUCAUUAAUUAUGAUGACGUGGCUAAAGAUAUGUUUCUUUCUGUUUGUUAAGUGGACCUAUUUUGUUGGGAUUGAUUAAUAUUAGGAUCAAUGAGUUUGGAUAUAUUCCAAAAAGAAACAUUACUUCAAUUUGUGUAGCACUCUUAUCUUUUUUUUUUAUAUGAAUAUAUGUCUAACCAAAUAAAAACAAUAUGAUAAUAAUUAUGAACAAAUGAAAAGUGUAUUUUAUGUGUGCCUCAAGGCUGCAUUUACGAAGUCUACGAUAAAGCUGAAAACUUACCAAAUUUAGGCAAAGACCAACUUUGUUGUCUAUCUUGAUACAAGACAAAAACCUCAGAGCUUUCACCAGUGUAGAAACGAAAAGAUGAAAUUAAUAAAACUUAUACGUUUGUAUAUUAGUGGUAAUUAAUAAGAAAGAUGAUAUUUUCGUGUCACUGGAAACUGUUGAGGUGAACACGCAUCCUAGUACUAUCAUAUAGAUCACAUUCACAAAUGUAAAGUUAACACGUGUCAUAAGAGGGAUUGGUUGUCAUUUUCACCUGACAACCUCCCCAUACAGUCUCCAAAACCUCUCUAAAACCCUAGAGACAGUGAAAGAAAGAAAGAGAGAGAUCUCCAAAAAGAAAAAACACUAAAAUCCUAAUUAAAAACAGGAAAAUACUUAGCUGCCUAAGACCAUGAUUAUCGGGGUGCCUUAACCCUGGUUCUUAGCUUAAUUUUGAUUAAAAGAAAAACAAAAAAUUUUUUAAUCUAAGGAACGUCGCUUAAUUAAGCGUUACAAAAACCGUCGCUUGUGGACACGCGUCGUCCAACAACGAAGUCUCUAUCUCUCUCUCAUCCCUAUCUCUCUCGCGAAAGGAAGAAAGAUGCCGGUCUCGAUUCCGAAAUUUCUCUCGUGAUCUCUCCUCCAUGGAUGAUUCAGUCGGAGAUUCCCCCUCCCCUUCUUGAUUUCUCGUCGACUAUGAGAGAAUCGGCGUCUCUGUCGGUGCCUCCCCUCGAGGACUCCGCCGCUUUUUCGUGAUCUCUCUUUGACGACUCCGGAUCUCUUUGGUGAUCUCUCCUCCACGAUGAAUCACUGGACGUCUCUCUCUGUUGCUCUCCUCGAGGACUCCGCCUCUCUAUCUUAAUCGUCGAUUCCAAUACCAUAUAUCUCUCUCUCUCUCGACGACCGUUUGAGCUCGGUCUAAUGGAAAGGUAAAGCAACAAUUUUAUUUGCUCAAUAGGUCUUAAUCCUUCAUGCAUGUCUUAGAUUGUGCCUCUUAUAAUUGAUUUUGAUUUGAUUUUGAUUUUUUUGUUCUGCUGGUUUGGAUCUGUUGAUUUUGUCUCUUGUGUUUGUUUAGAGUUCGUGAUGAAUAUAUAUGUGAUCUGGUUCUUUGUGAUUUUUUUCUGUCAUUGGGAGAUGGUUGGAGCGUUGAAGACACACGAAGGUUCGUCAGACCAGAGAACACAUGAAGGUUCAUCAGACACAUGAAGGUUCGCCAGACCAGAGAACUACAAUUGCAACAGAGGUAAAUGCAUAUUUCUUUGCUCUUUUAAAUUGAUUGAAAGUGUGAUAAAAUAGCUGUGAAUAUUUUCGUUGGUUGUUUUUGAGAAAUGGUUCACAUAGAGGUUGAUUAGUUCGUGUAUCUGUUCACAUGAAUUGAUUGUGUAUCUGUUCUAAAUUGAUUAGUUUGUAAUAAAUGGUUAGCUUAUGGUUGCUAAUAAAUAUCAUCUGAUGGUUAGAUAGAAAUAGAUUUGAAGUGUUAUGAAUGUGUGUUAGAUAUAUGUCAACUCGUUUAUGGUUGGGCCGAUCUAUUAAACACAAUGCCUUUGCUUUCUCUCUUCUAUAAAGUGUUUCUUCUUCUCUUCUAUCUAUCUAAAACAAAGUUAUUAGCUUCAUCUCUUCUUUAAAUCAUCUCGGAUAUGGAUUCUCUUCCAAAUACGCUGAGGCAAAAGUUUGUUGAACUUCUAAACAGUCAACAAAACAUUGUCUUUGGUUUAUCUGAAGAUAGUCUCGAACUAUCUUCAUCUCAAAUCCCUCUUUUUUACUCGCAACCGAUGGAAGAUUCCAACUUUGUGGAAGGCACUCCUGCAGAGCGUCGAAAAAGGAGGCACUAGACGCCGGUAGAUGAUGUUGUGCUCAUUAGCUCCUGGCUAAAUACAACCAAAGAUCCAGAUGUAUCGAAUGAGCAAAAAUCCGGAGCUUUCUGGAAAAGGAUUGCAGCAUACUUCGCUGCAAGUCCUAAGGUGUAAGGCUGUGAAGUAAGGGAGGCGUCCCACUGCAAGCAGCGUUGGCACAAGAUUAACGAUCUAGUCAACAAGUUUUGCGGGGCAUAUGAAGCUGCAAGUAGAGAGAGAAGCAGUGGUCAAAAUGAGAAUGAUAUUCUUAAGCUAGCUCAUGAGAUUUUCUUCAACAACCAAAAAAAAAAUUAACCUUGAACAUGCUUGGAAGGAACUUCGAAAUGAUCAGAAGUGGUGCGAGCUUAAUACUUGUAAAGCCGAUGGAAGUGCAAAAAGGAGGAAGCUUGAUGAGGGUGCAAAUUCUUCAACCUCUCACGCGUCUGACAACAAUACUGGUGGAGCUGAUCAAGCAGCCACUCGGCCCCUGGGUGUUAAGGCAUCUAAGGGGCAUGGUAAGCAAAAGACUAAGGCAGAGGCGAAGUCGGCGUCUGAGUUUCAGAGCAUGUGGAGCAUCAAGAAGGAGGAUAUGGCCAUGAAGGAGAGGCUGUCGAAGAUGAAGCUGUUGGAUAGUCUUAUUACAAAACCAGAAGUGUUGCAUGAGUAUGAAGAAGCGCUGAAGAAGAAGCUUAUUUCUGACUUGUUGUCUUAAGCUUUGAUGCUUUUAAGUUGAUGUUGUCUAAGUCUAAUUAGGUUAAAUGUUUAAAUAUUUGUGUUUGUGUUUCUGUUUAAACUCUUUGUUGUUUAAAUCUGUGUUUGUGUUUCUGUUUCUUGUUCUUGUAAUGGUUAUUGAUUAUGGAAAUGCCUAUGUUUGUGUUUCAUGUUCUUGUUAUCGUUAUUGAUUAAGGAUGCGUUUGUUGUUCAUUCUGUUAGCUUAAAAAUUAUUGAAGUGUGCUCUCGUCUGAAGCUACUGUCACGGACUUGCUCUCAUCUGCAAUCAGGUAACUUUGAUCACUUGUUUGUGUCGUCUUGUGUCAUGGACAUAACUCUGAUCACUUGUUUGUAUCUUCUUGUGUCUUAUUGUCAGGGUGGAGAAGCUGCUUCUCCUCUGAAGCUUGUGUCACAGACACACUGUUUGUGGAGGCUGUUUGUGUCACGGGGAAGCUGUGUAGUUGUGUCUUUUUGUGUCUUAUUGUCACGGGGAAGCUGUGUGAUCCAUUGACUACUUGUGUCUUAUUGUCACGGGAAUUUUGUGUACUUGUGUCUUAUUGUGUAAAACUUGACAAGCUGUGAAGUUGUAUAUAAAUGUUGUAUUGCACAAAGAUUUUAUUCACAAUCUCAUCUUCUCUCUUCUCGUGUUCUAUAUAAAUUUGGUGUUCUGCAAACUUUACAAUCUCAUCUUCUCUCCUUUAUCUCUUUCUCUCCUUGAUCUAUAUAAGUUUGGUAUUGUGCAAACAUUACAAUAUCAUCUUCUCUCCUUGGUCUAUAUACAUUUUUAUCAACAAAAUCAUCUUCUCUCUUUUAUCUCCUUGUUCUUGUUUGAUAUAAAGAUUUUAAAAUUCUUCAUUUCCAUCAUAAAUUUUAUUCACAAAUUCUCCGUUCUUUCCUUUGUCUAUUCCCAAUCUCAUUAUCCAUUCUCUUCUUAAUCAUCACAAAGUAAUCAAUUUUUUUUUCACAUAUAUGGCAUCUUCCUCUCAUAACACUUUUGAGGGAGUAGCUGAUGCAAGUUUUGAUCAAUAUUUUGAUGAACAUUUUGAUCAAGCUUUCGAGAAUUUUGCCAUUGCUUCCGGUGAUCAAGACGAAAGAAAAAAAUGAAUUUAUAUCGAAAGAAAUCGAGAAGAAGGCGAUGUACGUUUAUGGAACGAUUAUUUUAGUGAAACUCCAACUUACCCUGAUAAUCUCUUCCGUCGACGAUUUAGAAUGAACAAACCAUUGUUCAUGCGUAUUGUUCAUCGACUCUCCAAUGAAGUUGAUUUCUUUCGCCAAAAGAAAGAUUGUCUUGGAAGGCUUAGUCUCUCUCCACUUCAAAAGUGUACAACAACCAUUCGUCUCAUGGCAUAUGGUAGUGCGGCUGAUACUUUUGACGAAUAUCUCCGACUCGGUGCAACUACUACUCGGUCAUGUCUGGAAUAUUUUGUGGAAGGAAUAAUAAAUUUAUUCGGCGAGGAGUACCUAAGAAGACCAACACCGACUGAUCUUCGACGUCUGCUUGAUAUUGGUGAACAUCAUGGAUUUCCCGUGAUGAUAGGAAAUAUCGACUGUAUGCAUUGGUAGUGGAAGAAUUAUCUCACCGCUUGGAAAGGUCAAUAUUCACGUGGUUCGGGAAAACUAACAAUCGUUUUAGAAGCGGUUGCUUUCUAUGAUCUAUGGAUAUGACAUGCGUUUUUUGGACCUCCAGGUACCUUAAAUGAUAUCAAUGUUCUUGAUCGCUCUCAUGUUUUCGAUGACAUAAUAAAAGGUCAAGCUCCGCAAGUCACUUUCUCUGUCAAUGGAAGAGAGUAUC